AUGAUAAUGGGGAUGGAAUUGUUGGCUUUGAAUUCAUCACCACUAUGCAAUGUUACUCCAAGAACUAGGAGGAGAAUUCAUCACACACCCAACAAUUACAAGGCUUCCGUGGCUAUGAUGAUGGCAUCUGCUUCCAAGGUUUCCGUGGCUAUGAUGAUGACAUCUGCUUCCAAGGUAUAUGAUUCAGUGUUAGAGAACAAAAAGCAUGUCCUUUUAACCUCUCUUCAAGACACACAAAGAGGACUCUUGACAACUCCUCAUCAACGUUCUUCUAUAGAACAAGCACUAGUGAAUGUAGAAGGAACCAACGUCGGUCAACCAAUUGAUUUCAACAAACUCGACGGAACCUGGCGCCUCCAAUAUACUUCUGCUCCUGAUGUUCUCGUUCUAUUCCAAGCUGCUGCUACACUUCCUUUCUUUCAAGUCGGACAGAUAUUUCAGAAAUUCGAAUGCCGUCAUAACUCUACCGGAGGCAUCAUUCGCAACGCUGUCCGUUGGAGUAUUCCAAAUUUCUUCGAGGUAAAACACCCUCAAGACCCGUCGUGCUUUACAUGCUAA